AUGUCUGAAACUCUUGACCCUCUUGACAAGGCAGAAUUCAAGGGAGUUUUCUUCAAUGCUCACCCCAAGCCUUGGAAGGACGCCUUCCUGGAGAUCAACGGUACCAUUGACAGCCAUUCCGUUGCCAGCAUCACUUCCUACAUGCAACGCAAGGCUCGACAAGCACACAACAAGGAAUUGAAGAAUCAACUCCACCAGAAGAUCGAAUCCAAAAAGAAGAAACGCACGGCUGGUGCCCAUCACAGGGACAAUUUGAAACCUUUCAAGAAAUCUCGUACUGACCAUGCAAGUCAUGAACAUUGA